UAUACGCCCAGCCAACGUAAGCGUUGUUAGUAGGAAGAAGAAGAAGCCGAUUCUGGAAGCCAUUACGUUGCGCACAUUAAUUGAGUAAAUCCUACUAUUUGUGCGUACAAUACGCACAAUUACCUCUCCAAAAGAGCAGUUUCUGCAAUUAUGGCAUCGGUCGCGAAAAAAAGAAAAAUGAAUUUCUCGGAGAGAGAGGUGGAAAUUAUUGUGGAAGAAAUAGAGAAACAAAAGCACACACUGGUUAACCACUUCAAUGCUGGAGUCACCCACAUGGCAAAGAAUAACGCGUGGGUGGAUAUCCUGAAAAAGGUGAACGCUGUCACCACCUGUCCCAGAGAGUUGCCCGAGGUGAAAAAGAAGUGGUCUGACAUGAAGACGGAGGUCCGGCGGAAAGUGGCCCAGGCGCGGGCUGCUAUAGAGGGAAUCUCCGCUGACUGCACUCCAGUUCCCGUCAUCCUCACCGCUAUGCAGCAGAGGAUCUGUAACCUCCUGGGGGAGGCCACCAUCAUCAGCUUACCUGCAGGAGACUCGGAUGCUGAGAUAACUUUACCUGUUACAGUGAACACUGCCACCAACGUCACACUAGCAGACACUCUUCCAUCGGGCUCAGGUACAGACUGUGAUGAAGCAAAGCCACUCACUGAAACAACUUACCACACCCUGGAAGAGGAUGGAGGCGUAGUGGAGUACUGCACCACCACUGUAAGUGACUCCACCCCCACUGUGGCAGCCGUUGAGGCUCCAGUGGAGAUGCUGGCCUCAUCCUCAGCUUCCCCACCUCCGCCUCAGGGUCAGGCCAAACCUCAGGAGCUGAAGAGCCGCAUUGCCCUCAACUCAGCCCGCCUGCUGCAGGAGCAGAGAGUCACCAACGUCCAUAUCCGACAGAUUGCCCAGCACCUGGAGGGCCAGAACGAGCUCCUGCAGAUGAUGCGGCGCUCCCAGGAGGCUCAGGCGUUCGCCCAGGAAAGACAGGCCCAGGCCCUGGAAGGUACCCAGGCUGCCCUGCUAGCAUUAGUGCAGAUGCUCAGGCCUGCUCUCAAAGACCUGCGCAAAUUCCUGCAGAGUGGGAAUGAGGUCACAAACCCCAGCAGCUCAGCAGCAGGAGCGAUAGCUGAUGGGGCAGGAACAGAGGAGCAGAGCAGGCCCAAAACACCUCCAUGUCCUCCACAGCAAGCUGAGGAGACACAAUAGCGCUGUGUGUGUGUGUGUGUGUGUGUGUGUGUGUGUACUGCCUCCUGUCUGCAUUGUACAUAGAGGAGUCCUUGCACACAAGCUUCAGAGAACAAUGAAAAGCUUUUUAAAAGUUGCCUUGGGGUGAGCAUGUACAUAAUUUUACUUCUGUUUUAUGAUUCGGAAAAACAGUCACAGAAGCAGUGAAAAGGUUAUGUUGAACAUUAUUUUUACUUUUUACUGUCUGUCAUUAAUUAGCAGUGAGUUUAUGUUAUUUAAUACAUUGGAUUUGAUAUUGAAAUUAUGUUUUUAAUGCAAAGAUGCAGGUAGUCAUCACCCUGAUGUGGGCUGAACAUUUAAAACUUAGUUUCUUCAAGUCAUCCUGCAGUUUACCCUGAAUGAAGAAUAAUCAGUCUUGUUUUAAGACCAGAAUCAGCUGGGGUCUUCAAUUAGUGUGCACCAUGUCUUCAGAAUUUAAUAAAACUUGAAGCCUCAUCGGCCUGUGUUUUCCCUACAGGGUGCAUCACUAUUAAUCAACCAGAAGAGGGCAGUGUGUGCAAGCAAGUUUCACCACUGGUGGAGCAGCAGCAGUGUAGUUUUAAGGCAUCUAUAAAUUAGGAUGAAAUCUGUGUGUUAUGUGAAAUUAUUUUACUUUACAGUCAUAUACUUGUUAAAGGGUAAUUUCAUUUUUUUCACACUGGACCCUAUUACCCCAUGCAUUAGUGUCUAAGUGACUAAUGUGACCAAGAAUCUUUGAAAUUGGUCCAAUAUUGAGCCAGAACACUGGCAGCAGCGAACCAGGCUGCAAUGUAACCAUAUAGGGCAAAUGUGCAUCGUUAAUUUCCGUCCACUAAAAGUGCUGUUUUUGCCACUGACAGGCUCAGAUUGUUAUUCUAAGUGUCUGACAACAUUAUGAAAAGGUUCCCUACAUAGAUAUACCUUUUUGUUAAAGAGUAAGAUACUUUUUGUUUAACUAGAAACAGCUCAGAAAUCGCUAUUGCCAAACCCACCAGACUCCAUUUAAA